AUGUCGUUUUGUCAUCAACUUUUGUCAUCGUCUUCAUCGAUUGCGGGGGGGCGUAGUCAGCCCAAGCGCGCGAGCAGAAGUCUUAAAACGCACCACCGCACGAUUACCGCUUCUUCUUCUUCUUCGUCAUCAUCUUCUUCUUCUUCCUCCUUCUCUCAUUCGUUCAAACGCGCUCUCGAAGAUUUUGGAUACGAGGACGACGAGGACGACGAGGACGACGACGACACAGGAAAAGCAGAUGGAGUAGUAAAAAGAACACGGAUGAAUGCACAAAGACACGCAACGAAUGGAACGACAAGUUUGCACCGGAGGAGGAGAAGGGAUGUUUUAUUCAGGUCAUCCUCAGUAUUCGUCGUGGCGAGCGUUUUUGGAAGCGACGAGAUGACAAACAGAGCGGAGGCUAUUGAAUCCGGAUUUAUAAGCGACGCGUGGGAGAGCUUCGGCGGUGGAGGCCCGGCAGAUUUGACUUUUCCGGAAAGCUUUCAAGGCGAAUGGCUGGUCAACGCGACGUUGACGGAUGUAGAUUUACCAGAAGGUGCAGACGUGGUAUCAAACAUAGAAAGCGUAAACAGAGCAAAGAAUGAUGUCGGUAGGCCUACCUCGUAUCCUUUACGUUUCGUGCGAAACUCGAGGAACGAAGUCAUAUUAGACCGAGCUUGGAAUACGGAAAAGUUAGCUGAGUAUACUAUGAACGUCAAGAACGGCUCCGUGUUUACGGACAUAGAUUGGAAUUUAGACGACCCCAACGUCAUGAAGUGUUCGUUGGCGGAUGGAAAGACGAUUUUUUUCAAAGUCACCGCUCGGUCGGAAACCGAGGACGAUUCGAGAAAGCGCCGCUUCGAAACGAGUGAACUCGCAGAGGUUGUUUUUAACGAUUACGAAGGAAGUGGGACAGACCCGAACGUGAAAAGAACGCGAACGUAUACGAAAUGGUUGUGGCGCGACCAGAAAGACGCGCAAACCGGACAGCCACUCAUCGUGUGCACGCAAAUCGUCUUAGAUUAUUUGACUCCGUUUUCCUCCGGAAACGGCAACGCCGACGAAACGUUUAUGCGCGUCGCGGGAAGACCGGUGACUGUAUACACCUACAAGUUGGCCAUGUUCAAAACUGGUCCUGGAUUAACUGUUGGAACAGCGUGA